AUGUCUAACAUUGACUGGGUCCAAUUAGCCCAAUAUCCAUUUUUCGACAAUCGCAAGUCCCCAUCCGCCACCCAGUGCGAUGACAUCGCUGAGUCAAUAACCGGCGCCACAAAGAUCGUCCCGGUUGACAGUCUGAGCAAGAUGUCCUAUUCCGUCAUCUGCAACAACUGUUCCUCCCUACCAUUGACUCGGAUCGUGGUCUUUCGAGAAGAGAACUCCAGAGCCACCCCUCUUGACAAUAUAGUGGACCUUGCAGAAAAGACCUUUGGUCCCCUGGCACCUAAACCAACAUAUUACAAGAAUUUGGAUGGUGCAGAUCCACCACUUAGUAUCUUCACAAUGCCAUGUCAGCCCGGUAUAUCACUUCUCAGUACCCUACGCUGCCAGUCCGAGCUAUCACGGCAACAAAGGACAAAACAGGCCUGUUUCAUCCGAGAUCUUGCACGCUACUUUGCUCUCGCCUGGUCAAACAAACAACCCAUGAAUCCCCCCGAACUGCUCUAUAUCCGUCAAGCAGGCAUCCGCCAUCAACUCCGGCAGUUCAAACAGCAAGCACCCUCGAUCCUCCCCGCACACAAGAUCGAUGAACUCAUCCAGAUUCUGCCCACCCUCUUCAGCACCGACUACCCCUCCGUCCUAACAAACGGCAACCUUUCUCUAACAAAUAUCCGUGUCGACGAAGCAACCUACGGAAUAACAAAUAUCGUCGACUGGUCCCUAGCGAAGGUCCUCCCGUUCGGGAUGGACUUGGAUAUUCUCUUCCUUGUGACGGGGUAUAUGGGGCUGAGGAGGUGGAGAGAUUACAAGUGCAAGCAAUUUAUGCUGGAUUGCUUCUGGGAUGAGUUCUGGGCGAGUGUGGAUCCUCGUGGGGACCGGGAGAGUGGGAGGGUUCUUGCGGAAAAAGCAGCGAGGGUUGGGGCGCUGUUGCGAUAUGGGUUUACGAGACGGGAGGACGGGGCUUCGGACAGUGUGGUUUCGGUCUCUGAGCGAGAUGUUGGGAUGUUGAGGGCGUGGUUUGGAGUUGUUGCAUAA